AUGCUGCUUUGGGCAGGAGCAGACCCAUGCACCGUGGCUGCGCAAGAGGCGCAGGCCUGGCUGCGUUGGGCCAAGCUCCAGAUCUUCAGGUCGUCUUCUGCGGCUGAGGGCUGUCAAGAUGGCAGCCUUCAGAAUCUGCUUCAGGGUGCUCGGGAUCCUUCCAGCGGAAGGUCUCUAGAUCACGCCCACCUACAUCCUCAAGAGGAGGCAGCGAGCCUCCAAGAGGCCGAGUCGCAGACACAGCCGGAACUGACAGGAUCGCCAGGAGUUUCCAGAUAUCUUCCGGAGACUGCACCACUGCAGGACCGUUUGAACGUCCUGCGCAGCCCGUGCGUCGUGGAGUGCCCACUUCAAGAACCUCGAAGCGGCGUGGAAGAUCGCGCUCGCACCGAUUGCUCCCUCAUGCGCUGUGCGUGGCAAAGUACCUGUGCGGCCAGUCAAGACUUGAUGAGCAUGCUCAGUUUCUGCGAGGCCCAGGGAACAGCUGAUUUGUCAACAGAAAUUGUCGUUGACCCUCUCACUGAUGGUGUCCGCAAGGCAGCCGUGCCAACACCAUUCCCAUGGCGAGUCGUUUCGGUGGUCAACUCAUUCCUUGAUGUACAGGAGCUUGCUGCUUUCCGCACCUCAUGCUCCAGGAACUCAGAAACCGAGGCUUUGGUGGACAAGAUGCUCGCGUUGAUCAAUCCCGCGAGUCCGGCGGUCUUCCGCGUCUUCGGCCAGCUCCAAGCGGGACAGUUCGUGAACCCGCAGUGUCGUCGGAUGCAGGCUGGCUUGCAAGGUCUGGCGUGCCUUCUUCAUGCACGGGGCAUGAGGCGGUGGUGGCAUGUACGCGCAGCGGCCAUCGAGGAAGUGCUUCAGGAGCUCGUCUUCAAGUCGAUGCACCACAAGUCACUACGGCUUGUGGUGCUGAUGUUUGCAGAGCGGUGCUUCGAGGCUUUCUAUGACUUGGGUGAUUCUAAACCACGUCGCCUCUUCGUGGACGGCGUGCUCAACAUCCUUCCUAUCUGCAGCCCGCUUGAGCAGAUCAGAGCCUGCCGCUGCCUGGCAGCUUGUGAGCCGCAGCCCGUGCUCAAGCAGAAGCUGUUGAUCGUGCUUGAGGACCUCUGCACACCACGGGGCCCCUUCCACCAGAGCGCCCUUAAAGAGGAACUGCGGCGGGAGGCCACUGAAACGAUAGGCAAGUGGCUCCUGAGACCGAGUUGGUGGUGGGUGGAGCGAUGCAGGGACGCGGUCUCUGAUCGCAUCGCUUCCGUGGUUUCUGAGCAGAUCGCACGUCGCUGA